AUGGCUGUCAGUACUAGCGACCGGACGGAUGACCCCGAAACGACCCCCUUAUUGUCUGAAAGUCCCAUUGAUGUGCCGACCAUAACAGCCGCCAAGAAGCUACUGGUUCUUACUGUAUGUGCCGUCUCUAUUCUUUCCGUGGAUUUCGGAAGCUUCCUCUCGGUGGCCCCUCAAACUGCGAUUUUCGAACAAAUUAUCUGCAGAAAUCAUCAGGAGUUCCGGAAUUCGGGAAAUGCGACCUAUGAUGAAGACCCGUGCAAAUCAGAAGCUGUUCAAGGGGAGUUGGCCUUGAUUCUUGGCUACAAGGAUGGAUUUGAUGUACUUCCAACAAUUCUUCUUUCCCUGGCGUAUGGAGUUCUUUCCGACCAUUGGGGACGGAAACCCGUGGUGUACCUUGCCAUCGUGGGCAGUCUUCUAGGCGAGCUCUGGGUUCGACUAGUCUGCGCUUGGUCAAAUGUUCUGCCCCUCCGCUUGAUCUGGGUGUCAUCAGUAUGGCGAAUCAUUGGCGGUGGAGAUCAAACCAUGUCUUCCGUCCUGUUAAAUAUAGUCGCGGAUGUUUUCUCGGAAGAGGAGAGAUCAACCGCCCUCUUUCGCCUCAUGUCCUGUGUACUUGUCGCGGAGGUCUUGGCUACUCCAGUCAGUGCAUACCUGAUGACAAUAAAUCCGUGGAUUCCUUACAUCCUAGGUUAUGUUGUUAUUCUCGUUGGGUACAUUUCCGUUUUCUUUCUUCCGGAGACACUUGAAUAUGCCAAAGCAAAAAGACUCAACCGGGAAAGAGGCGACAAUUCGACCGAGACUACGACCCGACUGGGCAAACAAUCUACCCUUCAGGUUCUCCGUCACCAAUUGCGCGAUUUUACGGAAUCUAUUCAAUUCAUGUGGGCAGACAGCAAUGUCAUAUGGAUAGUUCUCGUGGUCUUUGUCUCCGUGUUCAGCCGUCAAAGCACUGCCAUCCUCUUGCAGUACGCUUCCAAGAAGUUUGGAUGGAGCAUUGCCCAAGCGAGUCUUCUGAUUUCUAUCCGCGGGAUCUUCGGCAUUGUCAGCUUCUUAGUAUUCAUGCCCGCCCUCAACUUCUUGGCCGCCCGGUUCCUCAACCUUCAUGGUACAUUCCGAGAUUACUUGGUAAGCCAGGGAACAGGUAUUCUGGGAAUCAUCGGCUUCGCCCUACUAGGGCUGGCGCCCAGCCCAGGCAUCUUGAUCACCGCAUUAGUGAUUGUUUCAUUCAGCGGAGGUUUCAGUGUCGCCACACGCAGUCUUGCAACGUCAUUAGUCCGGCCCGACCACGUUGGCACUUUGUACUCAGCACUAGCGAUCUCCCAAUCAAUCGGAAUGUUUAUUGCGGGCCCGUUGUUUGCCUACCUCUUCCGAUUUGGUAUGCAUCUCGGCAAUAGCUGGAUGGGUCUUCCAUUCCUGCAGGCCGCUGUGUGUUUUACGUUUGCCACAGCAGCCAUUUGGCGUAUCCAAAUUGGUCGAUCAGUGCAGAAUGACGAGUAUGGGGAGCAAGAACCAUUGAUUCCAUAG